GUUGCCUGUCAUUUUCCAGCUUUGUGAGCCGCUUUUGAUCUAAAAGAAAAGGAGAAGAAGAGAAGAAAAAUCGUAAAAUCAUCAUUUUUCCAAAAUAUAUGUGCAUUUUCAUCUCCAAAAACAAUCUCCUUUGUCUCUUGUUGUGCAUUUAAAUUUACCAAAUUGAAUUCCAUCUAAAUCGAAAAAAUGCCCUCAGCUGAAGUUACCGUAAAUAAGGUCAUUGUGCAUCCUUUGGUGUUGCUCAGUGUGGUUGACCAUUUUAAUCGAAUGGGAAAAAUCGGCAACCAAAAACGCGUUGUUGGAGUGCUCCUUGGUUGCUGGCGAUCAAAAGGUGUCCUUGAUGUGUCGAACAGCUUUGCAGUUCCGUUCGACGAGGACGAUAAAGACAAAUCUGUUUGGUUCCUUGACCAUGAUUACUUGGAAAACAUGUAUGGCAUGUUCAAGAAGGUGAAUGCCCGCGAAAGAGUCGUCGGUUGGUAUCACACCGGUCCCAAACUACACCAGAACGAUAUCGCUAUCAACGAACUCGUCCGCCGGUACUGUCCCAAUUCGGUGUUGGUCAUUAUUGACGCAAAGCCGAAGGACCUUGGCCUGCCAACUGAAGCAUACAUUGCCGUCGAGGAGGUGCACGAUGAUGGAACUCCAACAAGUAAGACAUUCGAACAUGUUCCCAGUGAAAUUGGCGCCGAGGAAGCCGAAGAAGUUGGUGUGGAGCACCUUCUGCGUGACAUCAAGGACACCACAGUGGGCAGUCUCUCACAAAAGAUCACCAACCAGCUGCAAGGACUCAAAGGCCUCAAUGCCCAACUGAAAGACAUCAAAAACUACCUGCAGAAAGUUGGCGAUGGCAAACUUCCCAUAAACCAUCAGAUCGUCUAUCAACUUCAGGACAUCUUCAACCUCCUGCCUGACAUCACAUCGGACCAAUUCACAGAAACCAUGUACGUGAAAACAAACGAUCAGAUGUUGGUUGUCUAUUUGGCCUCGAUGGUGCGUUCCAUUAUUGCUCUGCACAAUUUGAUCAACAACAAACUAACGAACCGCGAUGCCGAGGAGGGCAAGAAGGAGGAAGGCAAAGACAAGAAGGACAAGGACAACAAAGAUGCCAAGGACAAGGAUAGUAAGAAAGAAGAAAAAACCGACAAAAGCAAGGAUGAGAAAUCCAAGAAGUAAAAAAUACAAAUAUUAGAGAGUGUUAAGGUCCUUAUUGUCGGUUUUUAAGAGAUUUCUUAUUUUUUUUUAAUUUGUAUUCCUGAAGCCCCCAACCUUACGGUAUUUUCUUUUUUAUAUCGAUCAGAAUAAAUUAUAAUACAAUAAACAGAAAUAAAAAUUAAUACUUGUCCCGUUAAGAAUUAACUAAAAUAAUAAAAAUUACAUUGUAACUAA